CACACCAUCUACAGAUGCUCAAAUGUUUCUGGUCUCCUGCACAAACCCCAAAACCAGUUCCCUGUGAGUGUAGCAACGGGCAUUAAACCUGAUUCGAAACAUUUGCAUGUUUGUUUCCCUUUUGUAAAGUCUUAGUGCAUUUGUCCGUUGCAGGUUGUUGCAGGUAACAGUUUAUGGUCUAGAGGUUAUGAUGCUUCUACGAUGAAUUAUAUUUGGCAUGCCAUCUUCAUAAUCAGAUUUCUUACAUCCUUUUGUCCUUUGCUGUACAUCCAGGCUGCAGGCCCUUCGGAAAGAGAAGUCAAGGGAUGCAGCAAGGUCACGGCGGGGGAAAGAAAACUUUGAAUUUUAUGAACUAGCCAAGAUGCUGCCCCUGCCAGGCGCCAUCACCAGCCAGCUAGACAAGGCCUCAAUCAUACGGCUCACCAUCAGCUACCUGAAGAUGAGGGACUUCGCCAACCAGGGAGACCCACCGUGGAACCUGCGUAUUGAGGGACCUCCACCAAACACCUCUGUCAAAGCUAUCGGUACACAGCGGAGGAGGAGUCACAGCACCAUUGCGUCUGAGAUCUUUGAACCUCACCUGGGUAGCCACAUUUUACAGUCACUGGAUGGGUUUGUAUUUGCACUAAACAAGGAAGGCCGAUUCCUUUACAUCUCGGAGACUGUUUCAAUCUACCUGGGAUUGUCACAGGUGGAGUUGACGGGCAGCAGUGUGUUUGACUACAUACACCCUGGUGAUCACGUGGAGAUGGCGGAGCAGCUCGGCAUGAAGCUUCCUCCAGGCAGAGGGAUGUCUCUGUCUCAGGGAGCCGUCAAUGAAGAUGGGGCAUCCUCUGCUUCUUCAUCAUCACAUUCUGAGACACCUGAACCAGUGGAAUCCAACAGUCCCAGCCUGCUAGCACCUGAUAAUACUCUUGAGCGAUCCUUCUUCAUCCGGAUGAAGUCUACGCUCACCAAGAGAGGAGUGCACAUCAAGUCCUCAGGAUAUAAAGUGAUUCACAUCACAGGUCGUCUGCGUAUCAGGAUGGCUCUGACGCACAGUCGCUCCGUGCCCAAUCAGAUCAUGGGAAUGGUGGUGGUAGCUCAUGCUCUCCCACCGCCAACAAUUAAUGAGGUUCGAAUCGACUGUCAGAUGUUUGUCACCAGAGUCAACAUGGACCUGAAGAUUGUCUACUGUGAGAACAGGAUCAGCGAUUACAUGGACCUGACUCCGGUGGACAUAGUGGGCAAACGGUGCUACCAGCUAAUUCAUGCAGAAGAUGUGGAGGGCAUUAGACAGUGUCAUCUAGACUUGAUGAAUAAAGGUCAGUGUGUCACUAAGUAUUACCGGUGGAUCCAGAAGAACAGUGGUUACAUUUGGAUCCAGUCCAGUGCCACCAUUGCUGUUAACGCCAAGAAUUCCAGUGAGAAGAACGUCAUCUGGGUCAACUAUGUCCUCAGUAAUCCUGAAUAUAAGGACAUGCCGAUUGACAUCACCCAACUGCCAAACCUGCCAGAGAAAACGUCCGAGUCCUCCGAGACCUCAGAGUCUGAGUCUGAGUCCAAAGAAGCCUCAGAUAAUGAAAAUGCCAAGUCCGACGGGAAGUCCGGCCAGCAAAUGGAACACAGUGAAGAUCCAGACAGCAAACGUCAGCAGCAGCCUGGGCAGUUAUUUUGCUCCUCUGAACCAGAACUGAAGCACCAUGACGAAGGAGACAGUUCCAGUAAUCCCGAGAGUCAGGACAGUGACGACAGUCUGGAGCCCUCCGAUGGAGAACAGGAGCAGGAGGUGGACAGGGCCAGGGGAGAAGAGAGUGGAAGCAGGGUGGGAAGAUUAGCUGGACUUGGAGGAUUAGAGGGUCUGAAUGCCAUCAGUGGACUGGGAAAUUUGGGUGGUCUUCAUAUUAAGGUGGAACACUAUGGAGAAGGUGAAGAAAUGCAACUGCACAACUCUCACACCUCCACCUCAGAGGAGGAGGAAGAGGAAGAGGGUGAAGAUGAUGAGGAGGAUGAAGAAGAUGGAGGAGUACAAAACUGUGACACUGGUAGUACGGGCAGCAAGCUCCAGAAGAGAAGGAAGAGGAGGAAAGUACAAAAGUGGGAUGGAUCACGAAGCAGAAAACCCCGUUUAUCCACAACUCCAGCCAGCCCUGUAGCAAUAGAAGACACCACGUUGCAAGUCACCCCCCCAGGGGCAGCACCUGUCACCUCUGCCAGUCUACUCGCCGCCUCUGGGUCCCCAAACAGCACAGGUGCCGCAUCUUCAGUUCUUAAGAUCAAGACGGAGAUGGCAGAACCAAUCAACUUCGACAACGAUAGCAGCAUUUGGAACUACCCUCCCAACAGAGAGAUUUCCAGAAACGAGUCCCCUUAUAGUAUGACCUCCAAACCCCCGGCUUCUGGGAGUCAUGAGUCUUUCCCCUCCCCUCAGGGAAGUUCUCUACAUGUAGUCAUUCCUGAUUCCGUCCUCACCCCUCCUGGAAUGGAGGGAGGAGCAGGAGGAGUGAGGAAACCUCCGUAUGGCGGAAGUUCGGCACCGUCGUCUUCUUCCAGCACUACAAGUUUAGCUCCUCCUUCCAACACAUCCUCUGCUGACCCCUUGUCUCCUCCCCUCUCUGCAUCCCCACGGGACAAGCAACAAGUCACUCCCACCACCUCGUCUUCCUCUUCUUCUUCAUCAACAAGCUCUUCCUCCUCGCUACUGUAUUCUGGUGAUCUUGAAGCGCUACAACGUUUGCAAGCUGGCAAUGUGGUCCUCCCUCUGGUUCACCGAGUCACGGGGACUCUGGCUCCCACCAGCACGACAACUCCACGCGUCUACACGACAGGGACUAUCAGGUAUGCACCAGCAGAUGUCACACUGGCCAUGGCACAAGGGAACCUCCUUCCCAAUGCUGCCAUGAAUUUUGUUGAUAGCUCGGGGUUUGGCCUGGACCCUAAGACGCCCAUGGAGAUGCUGUACCAUCAUGUCCAUAGGCUCAACAUGACUGCUGCAGCAGCUGCUGGCCCGUUUGUCGGCUCUACGACACCCACAGGGGGUAACGGUACCUUAGGAGGCCAGAUGCCAGGAGCAGCCAACGUUUUCACCACGGCCGAGGGACUCUUCACAACACUACCAUUCCCGGUGUACAGCAAUGGCAUCCACUCUACACAGACGACUCUGGAAAGGAAGGAGGAUUAAUGCAUUAGACAGCAAGACCGCAUUACUGUGUUUUUCCCGAAUCAACAACUGUGUUAAUGUCUACUAGUCUAAAGACUCCUCAAUAGUGAAAAUAGUGAAAAAGAGUUUAUGCUAUCUUUAUCAGCCUGGUCCAACACUGUGUUUUCCAAGAUGGGAGAAAGGACAGGAAAGGACGAGAGAUGUACUCUAGCACUUUGAAUUAGAGCAGCUGAGCUUCUGUGAAAGACACGAUAAACCCUCAAACAUUCCUCUUUUUUCCUCUUUUUCAUUCCUUCUUCUCAGCUUCUCUUAGCUUCUGUUUCUUGCCAUCAACAACCUACUUGGCGUGAACAAGCAAACAAAAACAAAACAAAAAAUCCAACCACUCGUUUUUGUUUUAAUUGUCUUUUGCAGAGGAUUCCGUUUGCCUACGGUGAAUUCAUGUUGCCUAAGAAUUCCAUUGAGCCCAAAUGGGAUCACCUUUUGAUAUAUGACUUGUUUCUGUUGCGUCUUUAUGGAGAUGCUGAGUGUGUGUACUUUCAGGAGGCUGGCACAGGGACUUGUGACAGACAGAAAAACUUGUGCCUCUCCUUUUUCCUGACGGGAUCAAAGCUUGAAAUGAAAGUUUUUAAUUCGAGAGGAAGCUACACUUUUAUGACCGACAAGGGUCUCAGAGAUAAUCUUUUAGAGAAAAAUGGUUUUUGAGAAUGUUUCUUGAUUGAGGGAAAAUAAAUCUUUUUUUUUCUUCCUUUUUAUAAAAUAAUCUAGCUCAGAGUUAGCUUUCAAAUCAAACAUUAAGUGAAAAAAAUAAAGCAAUUUCAGCCGGGUAAUGGCCUGUGAAUAAUCGAAUGUUACUACAAGUUUCCUCUGUUAUCAGAGGAGUUUACCUACAGGUCUCUCACCAACAUAACCUCCUCUACAUCCCUCAUCUAUGUCUGUUCUGUCUUACCUUUGUCCUGCUUACCUGACCUUUAGACUUUUUGUCCACACUUUAGCUGUCACUCCACAGACUCAUGGUGCUAGGGACUGUCAGUAACCCAGAUUCAGCUGGCUGAUGCGGGUGCUGUAAAACAAAACCCCCAGCUUGUUGCUAGACUGAUGAUUGUUAAUUAUGUUUGUUUGAUGAUUUUUAAGUUUAUUUUCUUUCUCAUCUCCAGGAAACUCAGAAUACAGCAACAACACCUCUGUUUCAGUCUAAAUGUCCCUCUCCAGUUUGACCGAGCCAUGGGGGGCGGCUGCAGCUACAAUCCAUUAAUUACUUUGAAUUUACUUUAAAUUUACAAAAAAACUAAAAUGGUUUCCUGUUAUAAUUUGUAUAUUUUUUUAAAUCAGUCCCUUCUAACUCUCAGUGAGACUGAAGCUAAAUAACUAGCAUUGCUAACUUGAUUAAUGAAUGUUAAAAAAGUCAACAGGCUCCUGUUUGACCACUGACUUCUUUUUGUAUCACCGCUGUUUGUUUCCUCCUCCUCUUCCUCCUCUUCUUCCUGAACCAGAAUCACCUCUGCAAGACUUUCCUCAACAAUCCGCUCUCUUCCAUCUCAUCUCCAGAACCUGUGAUUCAAAAGAAAACACACACAUAUCAACAAGGAGAUUGUAAUAAAGACAUGCAUUUUUCAAUCAGUCUGACAAACAAUCAAUCUAAUGACUACAUUGAAGAAAAGUGACUUUUUUCCUGAUGAAAAAGGAGAAAAGAUUCCCUUCCUUUAAAAGUUCUGUCUUUGUCAUUGCCCUUGUGUUUUUCUGCCUCUGUUGCCAAAAAAAGAAAUGUUGUUCUAACAAGUUUGGUGUUUGAAGAGCACUGUGAUUCUCGUUGACUUUGUGUUGGUCUUUCUCUACUUUUUUGGUGAAAGAUCAAAAGAAAGUAAUAAUUUUAAAUUAUAUUAAUCUAUCACAGCAUCCAUGUUUCUAAAGUUGACAGCCUCGUCUUCACCACCAUGUCAUCGUUAUUACUCCAUGUAAUUAAGCCGUAAAAUCGUGUUACCAACGUGUUUAGUGUCACUGGCUGUCAAAAAGUCUUUCAUGGCAACUUCUCUGUGUGUGUGUGUGUGUGCGUGUGUGUGUUGACUAUAUGCAGUAUAUAUUGAGCUACUGUAGCGUUUUUGUCUUUUGUCUUCUCUGUGCUCUAUCUCUAGUGUGGAGAAGGAGAGGAUGCAAAGUCGGGGGAGGGGUGAUUUCUAUAAAAAAGACGACCACUGACUCUGUGCCUCCUCCUUCUCUGUUUCCCUCUAGCUGCAGUCUUAGUGAAACCAAUGGAGGUCGUGGAAUUUCGUGUCCGGUGGUCUUUGCAAAAACUUAAACGAUUAAAAAAGCAAACAAAAAAUCUUUGUAAAGGCCACCAUUUUUGCUGCUUCCUUUAUGUCUUCGUAAAAUCUGCAUUUUUAUUUUCUAAUCCUUCUCUUUCACUCUACUGUUGCUUUUUGCUGUUGUGUAGUCUUAUUCAAACCUCUUAAUCUUGCUGUCUUUUCUCUCAGAGACGAAAAGGUUAUUUAUCUAGCUCAAAAGUUUAUGGAGCCAUUUUUUGCCUUCAGGGAAUUCUGGGACUCAAAGUUUCCUGCUCUUGCAUACAAAUGUUUAUGUAAACAUUUACAUUAUAUACAUAUGAAAUAUAAUGGAAAAAAAGCCUAAAGGUGUACUUUUAUGUACUUCUUGGAAAAACCAUGAAAGCCAAGGUUGUGAAACAUUUUCCCAGAGUUCCUUGGGGUUUCUCGUGUGCAUUGGGUGUAUUUCAAUGGUUCCCACCAAACUUGUUGACUUAUUGCGCAAAUUUCUCUCAUAGGGCAAAGUUAAACAUGUGGUUCGAAGGAGAGAAAAAAAUCGCAAUAGUCUUUCAGACUGCUUAAAUUAAAAAAACAAUUUUAACAAUUUCUAAAGAAAUUAAAAGAAGAAAAAAAUAUUUCUCACAAUAAAUCUAUUUUUAUAGGUGUUUUGGAAAACUGAACUGCAUGUUUAGUAACUUGGUCUAAUGCGUUUCAUGUGAUCAAUUCUUUGAUUUUGUUUUCAUUUUUCUUCCCAGCGGUUGUGUUUUUUUACAGUCUGUCAAACUUACGCGGGGCGAGACGAGGAGUAAAGUGAAGUGAGCCUCGGACGCCCUUACAUCAGGAAAAACAAACUGUAUCAUCUGUGCUUUCUGUGGAGAAUCAUUGUCUUGAACUAAAGUGUUGAAAAAAGCAAAGAAGGAUAAAAAAUGUGAUCGAGGUUGCUCGAUCUGUCAGGUGAUUGGUGGACUGUUCAUGACUGAAUGUCAGGAUGUUUCUUCAGGAGCGUUCUGUGCUCCUCUGGAAUUUAGCAUUUUCUACCUUGAUGAAUUUGUUUGAAGGCAAGGCACAAACAUAGAACAAGGUCCUGUUUGCUGAAGAAAAAUGGCCAAAAGUGGAGAUGGGAGGGUUGUGGUUGGACGAAAAUCGGAAGAAACCAGGAAAUACACCCACAUGUAACUAAAACCAAACAGCCGGUUCAAGCUGUUUCAGUGUUUUUCUGUGUUUUAUGUCGAUCAAUGAAAACUUUGCUGGUGAUUUUAAAAACUUAAAAACCUUAAUCACAGCUGCUGUCAAAUACGUAGUGUUUUAAAAAUUACAAAUAUUGAAAAUCCACUUCAUUUAUCUGUGAAGAAACUGUGUCUGUGUUUUUAACUAUUUCUUGUACAAUUAAACAGAUUCUUUUAUGAGGAAAUUGGUGCCAAGUAGCUGAGAUACGGGAAAGAGGGAAUCUCUUAUUAUCAGUGUUAACAGUGUUAUAAAAUUCUAAAUACAAACAAAUUAAAAUAUUAAAAAAGAGAAAACUAUGGUACAUUUCUAUUGUUUUGUUUGACUUUGUUUCCCUCGCAGGAGAGUCAAAACCUCAUGACUAACUGAUGCUAACUGUGAGUGCCUGGCUUAUUUUUAUUCUAUUUUGAAGAGACAUCUGUUUGAGCUCAUUUACCACAAAUAACAAUGCAAAUCAAAAUAAAAAUUUUAAAAAUGUGCAUACAUCGUUUUUUAAAAACAAUGUUUCUUCAUGAGUUUACUAAGUUACCAUCACAGGAAAUGUGACACGACUUUUUGUAAUCCAGUUUUGGCCAUCUUGCAGGUGCCAUAUUCAUAAUAAACAGUUCUCUCAAA